GGGGCCGGGGGCCUGGACUCCUGGGUCUGAGGGAGGAGGGGACUGAGGCCUGGUUUCCUGGUCUGAGGGAGGAGGAAUUUGGGCCCAGACUCCCGGGUCUUCCCAGCCCCCUGCCCCUCCCCAGGCCCAUCGCUGACCUCUGUGCUGAACGAGCUGCCCAGUGCUGCCACCCUUCGGUACCGAGGCCCUGGGGUGCUGCCUUGGGGGGUGCCGGAGGAGGAGGAGGAGGAGGCUGGAGGAAGGAGCAGAAAAGCCUUCACAGAAGUCACCCAGACGGAGCUGCAGGACCCUCACCCUUCCCGGGAACUGCCCUGGCCCAUGCAGGCCAGACGGGCACACAGGCAAAGAAAUGCCAGGGACCAGGUGAUCUAUGGCUCUGGAACUAGGACGGACCAAUGGGCGCGACUACUUCGGAGGUCCAAGGAGAAAACAAAGGAAGGCUUGCAAAGCCUGCAGCCCUGGUCAUGGACACUGAAGAGGAUCGGGGGCCAGUUUGGCGCCGGCACCGAGUCCUACUUCUCCCUGCUGCGCUUCCUGCUCCUCCUCAACGUGCUGGCCUCUGUGCUUAUGGCCUGCAUGACGCUGCUGCCCACCUGGCUGGGAGGCGCUCCCCCAGGCCCUCCUGGCUCCAACACCUCCUCGCCCUGCGGCUCCUAUAACCCCCACCCUCAGGGCCUGGUCACCUUUGCCACCCAGCUCUUCAACUUGCUCUCAGGAGAAGGUUACCUGGAAUGGUCCCCUCUCUUCUAUGGCUUCUACCCGCCCCGCCCACGCCUGGCGGUCACCUACCUGUGCUGGGCCUUUGCCGUUGGCCUCAUCUGCCUCUUGCUCAUCCUGCAUCGGUCAGUGGCACCUGCACCCCUGACCCCGUGACGGGACGGGUUGGGGUAGGGAAGCAAGUGGUGGUGGCAGAAACUCCCUCCCCAAGAAUCCUCAGUCUUGCGGUGUAACCCUUUCUUCUGUGUGAGUUCAAAUCAAGGUUUUGUGCCGGGCGCAGUGUCUCACGCCUGUAAUCCCAGCACUUUGGGAGACCGAGGCCGGAGGAUCAGGAGGUCAGGAGAUCGAGACCAUCCUGGCUAACA